AUGGGAAAACACAUUGACAACCCUUUGGGGGAGAAUCAGCCACUCUUGGGUAGCAUUAACGAAUCCACAGACUCCAGCGGGAAGAAGGAGAUAAGUCCUCUUUCACAGAACUUGAGAUGGGUGACGAAUGUGAUUAGUCUUCUAUCAGUGUUCUUGUACAGUGGCAUUAUCUUUGGGUGGGCUCCAUUGGAGCUCAUGCUGGUUCGGGAGGGCCAGUACAGCGAAACAUGCAUCCAACCAACCAACGGCGAGGAUGGAAUUUGCCCACAACAAGUGAUUCGUUUGCAGGGCAUGUUUACCGUUGGACAAUUCCUGCUCAGUUUUGCAUCGCUUCUUGUCGGGUGGUUUGUCGACCAUGCCCCCAAAACACUCUACUUCGCAAUUGCCGCCACGGUGGAAAUUGCUGGACUGGUAUUGUUUGCCUAUUCAGAUAGUCAAUCCUUUGACUAUUUUGUGCUCGCGUAUGGCCUCAUGGCGUUGGGAGGCAAUCUAACCAUGUUGGGGGCAUUCCCUGCGUCGUUUCUAUUGCCAUCUCAUCAAACCGGUUUAUUGGCAUGCAACAGCUGCUUCUUUGAUGCUUCCAGUAUCGUCUUUUUCAUCUUUCACAGACUUAAUUUGGGAUGGGGGUUGUCACGAAAAUUCAUGUUCUUGGUGCUGGCAUGUGUCUGUGUCGUAGUGUACAUGGCACUUGCCAUGUGCUGGUUCAUUUUGGAACGGAAGAAUUGGAGGCAAGUGAUUGAGGAGGAAUCAGCUGGUACUGGUAAUCAGACACAACAACAUAUCCAGGACGACCAUGACCUUGAAGAGCUCGCUUUUCAACAAGCCAAGGCAGAAAAUAUCAAUAAGUCAAACAACAUCAAGUCAUUAUGGGACCAAGUGAAAUCCAAAGAAUUUUCAUUGAUUCUAAUAUUCACUUCGCUGCACAUGCUUCGUGCCAACUACUACAUCAUGACUGUGGAUGAUCUUCUGAGGUUCAACGGUGAUGUCGGCACUUAUGCAAACAUAUUCAGCUUUGUCCUUCCAUUUGGAGUCAUCUUUGUCCCCGCCAUUGACUACACUGUCAGGAUACUAGGUGUGCUCAACACUAUGCAUGUAACCAAUCUGUUGGGAGUGACAUUCGGUAUCUUUCUUUGCCUCCCGAUACUACCUAUUCAAGUGGCAACUUUUGCAAUUUUUGCCUGCUUCCGGGCAUUCCUUUAUGCCACAGCCAACAAUGCUGUUGCCAUGUACUUUGGGGUCGAAACUAUGGGGCGAAUGAUUGGCUUUGUCUUCACAACUUGCGCCAUGGUUUCCUUGAUGCAAUAUCCCAUUGCACUGUUUGCCGGACAGGGCCACUGGUAUGAAAUGAAUUGGCUCAUGUUGGGAAUCUCCGUCUUCCCAAUCCUCAAGACUGUACUCUACAAAGAAACUCAAGACGAAAAAGUUCUGACGGAACGCUUGUCCUACGUCAAGUCACCAGUUAUGACAAUGCCAGUAAGGUUAUCUCAAAGGCUUGAAGCUGACUUGUGA